CUCAAAUGUAGCAAUCACGGCCAGUGGGACGAUGAACAGAGCCAUCGAACACUAUGCCUUCGCAACGAAUCUACCGAUCCAGCUAUCCGCCUCCACAGGUGCCAACCAAUGUGUCCAUUUCCCAGCUGCUGCAAUCGUACAAUCCGGACGAUGUAGAGGGAGAUAAGGUCAUCUGUGAAGACGAUUGGACGGGAAGGAAGCUUACCUAUGCUGGAGUUAGAGAAGAAAGUGCGAAGGGGGCGUUUGGUCUUAGGUACGUGAUGGGACUUCAUGAGGGAGACGUUGUGUGCAUUAGCGCGCCAAAUUCGGUUGGCGUUGUGAAGCUGAUUCACGCGGUGUUAUGGAGUGGGGGAAUUGCUGUUCUAAUCAAUCCUCUGAGUACGGAGUACGAAGUCGCGCACUGUUUGGAUAUAUCUCGACCCAAGGUUUUGGCAGCAGAUACCAGUACCUGGCCUACACUAUGUGGUGCUGCGACAAGGCAAGGAAUGUCGGGAUUGGAGGCCAUCUCCAUUGAUGGAGCUGAAGCGCUGCUUCAAAAGGCGAUCUCAUUAGAUGUUCUCUUUGACCAGGAAGAGUCACUGUCCGCCUUCGACCUCUCCGAAAAGGAUAGCAAAGAGCAUACAGCCGUCGUUUGCUUCAGUUCCGGCACCAGUGGUAAAGCGAAAGGUGUCGAACUGUCGCACUACAACUUGGUAGCUUCGAUGCUGGGUAUACGAGCCACUGAACCAUUUUACUGGAGUGCCAGUAUCAGAGGCGUAUUCUUCGCCCCACUAUGCCACAUCUAUGGUCUUAUGACAGUGGCAUUAAUGGGCUCAUGGGUGGGUUUCUACACCCUGCUUCAGAACAAAUUCGCCCUGAACAACUUCCUCGAACUAUCCGCACAGAUCGACGCUAACGCUUUCCGCAUCCUUCCUACCAUCGCCGUCGCAAUCGCAAAGCAGCAGACCUUUGAUCUCUCGCGCCUGUCAAACGUCAAAUACAUCAUGUGCUCCGGCGCGGUGCUACCGCCUCCCAUCAUCGAAUUCUUCCAUAAGAACUUACCCGGCGCUCCGAUAUUCCAGGGCUAUGGUAUGACAGAGACGAAUAUUACGAUGCUAAAGCCCGAGUCAGCGCAUCGCGUCGGGUCUGUAGGAAAGCUCUUCGCGAACAUCGAAGCUAGGAUUGUGGACGACGACGGAAGAGAUGUGGGAGAGGGAGAGCAGGGCGAGAUGCUCGUCAGGGGGCCUAGCAUCUUUCGGAGAUACAUGCGAAACGAAGAGGCGACCAGAGAAACAUUCGAUGGAGCGUGGAUGAAGACCGGUGACGUCGUCAGAGUGGAUAAGGAUGGCUAUUGGUGGCUGACGGAGCGCAAGAAAGAGCUCAUCAACAAUCAAGUGCCACCAGCCGAGCUCGAAUCACACCUAAACUCCCAUCCGCACGUCAGCGAAGGAGCAGUCUGUGCCCUUUGGGACGAAGACCAGGGAACGGAGGUCCCCAUCGCUUAUGUCUCGCUCACAGUAGAAGCGAAGCAGUCGCGGCUAGAACAGAGGGUGAUCAUCGCCAACAUUCGCGAGCACGUCGACUCAAGAGUCGCACCGUACAAGAAGCUGCGCGGAGGAGUUGAGAUACUGGACGAGAUUCCCAAGUCCGGUAAUGGGAAGAUACUCCGACGGUUGCUGCCGGCUCGACUAGUUCGAGAGCGCAAAGCGAAGAUGUGA